AUGGACCGUGUGGUGUUUGUGACGGGCGGCGCUGGCACCAUUUGCAGCAUGCAGACCAGGGCCCUCGUUCGCCUGGGUGCCAACGCCUGCAUCAUCGGCCGCAGCGAAGGAAAGACCGAGGAGGCGGCCAAGGAAAUCGCAAAGGUCCGGCCCGGUGCCAAGGUUAUUGGCAUCGGCGGUUGCGAUGUCCGCAAGGUAUGCAUGGAGAGCCUCCAGGCCGCCGCUGAUCGGUGCGCGCGCGACGCCGGAGCUGCCGGCAACUUCAUCGUGUCGCUCGACGGCAUGAGCCCCAACGCCUUCAAGUCCGUCAUGGACAUUGACGUGCUUGGAACCUUCAACACCAUCAAAGCCACCAUCCCGCACCUGCUCAAGAGCUCGUCGCCCCGCAUCAUUUACGUCUCGGCAACGUUCCACUAUACGGGUAUGCCUUUACAGGCCCAUGUGUCGGCCGCCAAGGCAGCAAUCGACUCUCUCAUGGCCUCGGUGGCCCUGGAAUACGGACCUCGUGGCGUCCAGAGCAACGUCAUCUCCCCGGGAGCCAUCGAGGACACGGAGGGCGCCGCCAGACUCAUGAGCUCGGAUGAGACGGUAAAGGCGCAGUACGCCGCGUCGAUUCCUUCGGGCCGCCUCGGCACGGUCCGCGACGUCGCCGACGCGACCGUCUUUCUCUUCUCCGAGGCUGGCACGUAUAUCAAUGGCCAAGUGAUCCCCGUAGAUGGCGCUGCGUGGAGGAGGCAAGGCGCGUCGACCAUGGGCGGGGAUAAGUCUAUGGAGUAUCCCAACUAUCUUCUGUCCACUGAGCCCCCAAAAGGUGUCAAGGAUACGAGGAAGCACAAGCUGUGA